GCCCGCGUUAUAGUCAGACCCUAACAAACUUCAUGUUUUUGUCGGCGAGAAAAAGCUCAAGGUUUUGAGACAUUCUGUUGAAAUAUGGACCAGAUACUAAAGGGAAUAGUUGCGUCGGACCAUCCCGAAUCCGUCAAAAAAUCAUUAAUUCAACAGCUUGUUUCUAAGGCAGCCAACGAAAUCCCGGAAGAACAAUGUGUGUCUAUUUUCGAGAUGAGCUCACUAUGGAUGUCUGAUGGAAAUUCAGAGUUUCUCAGUGACAGCGGAAAACUUGUUCUCUCUUCUUGGGGAAAACACCAUAGAGAUGUCUUUCAAAGAUUUUUUACAGAGGAUUAUUUGGUGCGUUUUCUAGAUGACGCUGACAAAUUGACGAUCGGGUCGGUGAACUACGUGAGGACUGCAUUUGAUUUACUACAACACACUCCACAAAUUUUUUCUCUCUACACAAUUAUUCGCCAUCGUGCUACUUCAUGGAUCAAUAUUAAAGCAGACAUUGACUUCAGUGCUGCUGUGUGUCGCCUACUGAUUGAUUACAACCAUUGCUGGCCUGUAGGAGACCAUUUAAUUCAGACAUGCUUCGCUUUGGUCAACUGCUUGAGCAAAACAGAACUUCCCAAAUCCUCAAAACAGGAGCUCAAAAGCUGUAUCCGAAAUGCCGGUACGAUAGCAGCUUUGCUCAACCGUAUAUGGACCAAGAAUCAGAAUUUUAUUUUUACCGUUUUAACGGAGUUAUUCAAGAUUAUUUCAGCCCCAGGACCUAAUCCCUCUGUUGCUCUGGGUUCAAUCGCACAAUUUUUUUCCCCUGAAGUUAUCGAUACAGCAACUAAUAUGGUAGCGAGGAGUCCUACGGUGUCAGAUGAUAAUCUUUCAUUAGCUCUGUCUCGUAUGAUUAGCUGGCUUUCAUGGCCAGGCGGCAAGCGAGUCGACCAAUGGAUAAUAUGCUUUUUAAGGGCAUUAGCCAUAGCGGGAAAGCAUUCUAUAUUAAUACAAGUAACAUUGGAGAAACUUCCUCAGGUUUUCAGUCGUUUGUUGUUUCCAAUGGUCAGAGAGAGUACAAUGGCUGUGUUAUCACAUAUGCUACUAAGUUUCCAGCACUCGCCACAGGCAUUCCAUCUGAUUGUGGAACAUGUGCCUGACCUGGUGAAGACYCUCAAGAAAGAGGACAGUGUUUCUUCACAGUCUUGUCUUCAGACAUUAACUGAACUGGUUCACUGUUUAAUGUAUCGACACUCAGGUUUCCCUGAAUUGUAUGGACCAGUCUUGGAUUGUCUACAGGACUUUCAUAAACCAUCAGAAGCAAUGAUCAAGAAAUGGCUGACACAAACAGCAUGGGCAGCUCAAGCCAUUCACAUGAACUUAGCUAGAGUGACUCCCAAAUCAGAAACAGGACGAACUGGACUUGUGAACCUUGGCAAUACAUGUUACAUGAACAGCAUAAUACAGGCAUUAUACAUGCUAGAUGAGUAAGUCAUGAUUGCUUGCUAUGUUGUAGGCCCUUUGAAGGUGGGGGUUACGUCACCACAACUACCUUUGAAUCUUUCAUCUACAACAAACUGAGUCAUUACAUUGAGUUUCUUUGUUAUGUUGACAUUCAAUUCGCCGAUAACAAAAUGAGCUGGGAAAUGGGACAGAUUUUCUCAAAUAUGAUGGAAUUUACAGAUAAGCAGGACUAGUAAUGGGCUCCUGAGAUAAACCAUGCCAUGAGAUAGAAAAUAGCUAAUGUUGACAAUUUGAGCAAGUAUUUCUUUUUUCUUGAUUUAAUAGGCAUAAAAUCAC